CGCGCUGCCAUUUUGUUGUUGAGAUCCGAGCAGGGACGCAGCACACGAUAUCCUGUAAAUGAACAAUAAUCAUCUCUUAUAGCGGGUCAGAAGUAAAGCCGAGGCACGAUGCUCUCUGCUGCCCAGUUACUCGAUGAGUUGAUGGGCCGGGACCGGAACCUGGCUCCGGACGAGAAGCGCUGUAACGUGCGCUGGGAUCACGAGACUGUCUGCAAAUACUACCUGUGUGGCUUUUGCCCCGCUGAACUCUUCACAAACACACGAUCAGACUUGGGUCCUUGUGAAAAAAUCCAUGAUGAAAACUUGAGGAAAAUGUAUGAGAAGAGCUCCCGCUUUAUGAAGGAAGGAUAUGAGCGAGACUUCCUGCGGUACCUGCAGAGUCUCCUGGCCGAGGUGGAGCGCAGGAUUCGGAGGGGCCAUGCACGUUUAGCCCUGUCUCAAGCCCAGCAGAACUCUGGAGCACCAGGUCCAUCUGGGAAGAACGAGGAGAAAUCUCAGGUCCUCACCACGAAGAUUGAGGAGCUUGUUGUUCAGAUUGAGGAGUUGGGCUCAGAGGGCCGUGUUGAGGAGGCGCAGGGCAUGAUGAAGCUGGUGGAGCAGCUGAAGGAGGAGCGGGAGCAGCUCAGUUCCACUCCUUCAACGAUUGAGAGCUUUGCAGCUCAGGAGAAGCAGAUGGAGGUGUGUGAAGUGUGUGGCGCUUUCCUCAUAGUUGGUGACGCUCAGUCCAGAGUGGAUGAUCAUCUAAUGGGCAAGCAGCAUAUGGGAUAUGCCAAAAUCAAAGCCACGGUAGAGGAGCUGAAGGAAAAGCUGCGUCGGCGCUCAGAGGAUCCGGAGAAGGAUGAGCGAGGCAAGAAAGAGAAGGAGGACCGGGAGCGUGAAAGGGAGGAGCGUGAGAAGAAACGCAAAGAGGAGGAGGAGAGAGAGAAAGAGCGAGAAAAGGAGAGGGAGAGAGAGCGGGAGAAGGAGAGGGAACGUGAGCGGGAGAGGGAUAGGGAUCGGGAGAGGGAACGGGACAGGGACAGGCGCAGGAGGAGUCACUCCAACAGCAGACACUCCAGCCGCGCGUCAGACCGCCGCAGGAGCCGCUCGAGAGACAGGAAGAGGUCCAGGAGUAAGGAACGUGACAGGAAGCGCAGCAGGAGCCGUGACCGAGAGAGGAGGCGCAGCCGCGAGCGCUCGGACAGGAAGCGACGGUCUCGCAGCAGGGAGAGGAGGAGGUCCCGCAGUUCUGAGCGCAAGAGCCACCGGCACCGCAGUCGCAGCAGAGACAGAGAAAAGGACAGAGGAGACAGAGACAAGGACAAAUCCUCUAGGGACAAAGAGCACAAGGACUCCUCAGAUGAGAAAAGGAGCAACAGAAAGGGCUCGGUUGAAAAGUCUAAUGAGCUCUCCAAGCCCGAGUCCAUGGAGGCUGAGCCUCCCAAAGCGGAAGUGAACGGCACCACGCAAGAGCUACAUUCUGAAGGUGACACACAGUCCAAUUAAAACUGAUCUGAUAGGACCUCAGAUCAGCCCCAGGUAAGUGCACCGUCCCGUCCGGCCCGGGUCUCUCCCCCUCUCCCCUUCCCCCCUUUUUCUUUCAGUUCUGUCUGUGAUUUUUCUUCCUGUUUUUUAAUAGUGCAUCGUAAGUAUGCACUGAAGAUGGGGACUAGGCUGAUGAAACGGAAGAAAGUAGAAAGAAACAAACCCAGAGGGAAAGGCCAGUGUAGCCCUGAAAAACAUGCUUGGAGGUACCUCGUUUUGUAUCGGUCAUACAUCUGUCUCUUUAGACAAGUUCUCUUCCAAAUUUACAUGUUUUUUUUUUUUUCCUAACUCUGCCUUUACUACCUCAAACUGUUAACUCUAUGCUCGCAGUAAGAUUAAACUAGUUGACUGAACUUUGUUUUUCACAUAUAAAAUGAUUGUGUGCUCAUAUGCAUGUACAUGCAUAAGCACACAGCAUUUUACCAUCUGAUGUCUAUAAGGUGUUAAUAAGAGGUCCAAAGAGUUCAUUCAACUGCAAUGAAUACAUAUGUAUUUUUUUUGUUGGAGUUACAUGGAUAUGUUGCACUUUUUAAUACCGUCUGUUCUUAAAGUUGAGAUCCGAUAGCUUUGGGAUGAUGGAAGUGUAGGGUUAAUGAAUUAUUGCAGCUGAUUUCCACACCUCACACAGCGUUGGUGUUGUGAGCGACCCCCCCCCCAUGAAAAGCCAAUUUAAAAAUCAAGGAUACUGUCAAUCUGUGCAGGUAUUCACCAAAGGUACUCCUUUCACUACCCACAUCCAUUUGAAUGCUGUUGCCUGUGAACGUGUCUCAGAGCUUGAUGUUUAUUUACCCUAUCUCUUUUCUCCCAGUUUUAAAUGUUCUCAGUUUUGCUUUCUGUUGGUUUCAAGUGCCAAUGGUUUACUCUACGCCAUAACGGGUGGAUGUCAGGUUUACAGAUGAGCCCAAUUGAUAUCCCACAGUAACCUAUCAAACCAGAUCAAGCUCAAAACAGUUCUUUCUCCUUGUUUGUGUCGCUUAUUUUAAUUUUGCCUGUUCGGUAACCAGUUAUAGGUUUGAAUUAGGGCUGGGUGAUAUAGCUAAGCAAACGUAUGUCAGUUCAUCUUAUUGGUAGGGAUGUAACGAUUCACUCCACUCGCGAUUCGAUUCACGGUUUUGAUUUCACGAUACG